UGAUGAAGAUCUAGGAAGGAUCUAGAAGAUUCUAGGAAUAUUUAUUGUUUGUAAAUAUAGUUCAUCCCUGUGAACCGAUAGAAUCAAUCACUGCAGUUAGUUACGUAAAGAGACGUUACGUCUGCGUGUAGCAGUUGCUUUGUUUCAGUGUCAAUGUUAUUACAGUUUACACUUCGCACCUAUACCUGCUAGUACAUUUUAUUUACACUAACUGCCAUUUUUGAUUUUUAAAGUCAUUUAAAAUAAGUGACCGUUAUUUAAAAGUGGAUAAAAUACUACUGUGUUACCUUUGAUGGUUAAACUUUUUCGAUCUGAUAGGUACUUCGAAUCUUGAAAUUAGUGCCGCGAAUACCUAAGUACCUACUACUUUUUCGUAAAGGUUUAAGAUAAGUCAAUCUUUAUAAACUUUUUUCAUUUUAAAAGUGGCGCUUCCAAAAUCGAUGUAUGAAACAUACUUAAAUCAUAUUCAAUCUUCCGCGAAUAUCGAAAUAUCUGUCUUAAUUAAAACCUCUACCUCCGGAUUCGUAAACUGGGGGCUACAGUUAAGUUACGAUUGACAUCAGCCAAGUUCGUUGAUAGAUCUUGGAACGUGAGCUUUUUGAAUCCUCGUUUGUUUCCUGUCCUGCGGAGCCCUGUGAUUUCUUCUCUGCCGUGCCCUGCGGAGCCCUGUGAUUCCUUCUUCCCUGCCCUGCCUUGCAUAGCCCUGUGAUUUUUUCCCAAAAUGAUGGAAGACAUUGUAGCCUCCGUUACUGAACUGUACAAGCAGAAGGAUUGGAAAACUAUAGUGGAGUCCUACCGGGACCAUCCAGACAGAAACAAACUGCUAUGGGUGUUCCCCACUGAAGACAAUUUUCAGUUCAUUGCAAAGUGUAUGGAAGAACUGUAGUGCAAUGAGAUUCUGAGUGUUGGCUGCGGCAGUGGUCUCCUUGAAUGGAUUAUUACGGAAGCUACAGGUUACCCAGUGUCAGGGUUAGAAGUAGACGGUGCUUGGUGGCAAUGCAGAUACGCGCCCCCUACAUUCAUACCCCUUCAGUUCACCACACCUGAAUUAGGCAAAGACAUCAUCACUAUGUUACAAAAUUGCAACAAUACAGCUCUACUUUUUUGUUACUUUAACAAUGGGCCAGCUUUCAAACAGUAUGCCGAACUUUUCUCAGGAAAAAUGAUGAUUAUAAUCGGACCUGGUUAUGGGAAAGGGGUCCAUACAGAUCCGAGGCCUUUUGGAGACGUUCCUGAGAAUUGGAAGCUACACAGCUGGCAAGAAGUCGCGUGUACUAGAGAUUUUAUAGCUGUUUACCGUAAAAUUACGAGCUAGUUAUGGAAUUAAAGUUAUAUUUAUUCUCGUU